GCAGCGCACUUUUCCUGUGCUGACCUCUGACAGCCGCUCAUGGAUCCGCUCCCUACCUUCACAAACACGGAAGCAGCAUGGCGUCCAACAGCAGCUCCGACAGGCAAAGAAUUGCACAGCAAAGACUGAGAAUAAUUGCCGGACAUUUACAGGGACCGGUGGACAGUGACUCGACAAUCCUAGCCGCGGAGUGCAAAGCCCAGGGCAGCAAAACAGAUGUCUCCAGUGAGAGGAAGACGGUGCCGAGGAGAAGGCAGGAGAUUUUGAAAUGGAACGGUUGGGGAUACAAUGAUACAAGAUUCCUCUUUAAUAAGAAAGGUCAAGCAGAAUUUACCGGUAAAAGGUAUAGACUAAGUGGUAUGAUCAUCCCUGCUCUGCAAAAUUGGUUUGAAGGCACGUUUGGAGCCAGUAUGCAGCAUAAAUCUCCAGCAAUGCCCAUUUUGACUAGCAGUGCUGUACAGCCUCCCACUCUUAAUGAGGCCUUCGUGGAUGAACUGAAAUCCACAGGUAUUCCCUUCUCUCAUGAUGCAGAGGACCGGGUGUUUCGUGGCCAUGGCCAUUGCUUACACGAGGUCUUUGCUCUGCGAGAGGGGAAAGUUGGUCGUGUUCCAGAUAUAGUGGUAUGGCCAAAUUGUCACAAUGAUGUAGUGAAAAUUGUGGAACUGGCAUGCAAACAUAAUGUUUGUUUGAUACCAUAUGGAGGAGGGACUAGCGUCUCCAGUGCCCUAGAGUGCCCCCCAGAGGAAACUCGCUGCAUUGUCUCUCUGGAUACCUCACAGAUGAACCGCAUCCUGUGGAUUGACGAGAAAAAUUUAACCGCCCAUGUGGAAGCUGGCAUUGUCGGUCAGGAAUUAGAAAGAUUGCUUAAUGAGAGCGGCUACUGUACUGGGCAUGAGCCAGACUCCAUGGAGUUCAGCUCCCUGGGGGGCUGGGUAGCAACCAGAGCAUCAGGCAUGAAGAAGAACAUCUAUGGCAACAUUGAGGACCUGGUUGUCCACGUAAAGAUGGUGACCCCACAAGGAGUGAUUGAAAAGGGCUGUCAGUGCCCGCGCAUGUCCACGGGGCCAGACAUUCACCACUUCAUCAUGGGCUCAGAAGGAACCCUGGGUGUGGUUACUGAGGUAACGAUGAAGAUUCGUCCCAUGCCGGAGUAUCAGAAAUACGGCUCAGUGGUAUUCCCUAAUUUUGAGCAGGGAGUUGCCUGUCUCCGAGAGGUUGCCAAACAGAGGUGUGCACCUGCAUCUAUACGGCUCAUGGAUAAUGAACAAUUUAAAUUUGGUCAUGCCCUGAAGCCUCAAGUAUCCUCAAUUUUCACAUCCUUUCUGGACGGGUUGAAGAAAUUUUACAUCACCAAGUUCAAAGGGUUCGACCCCGACCGCUUGUGUGUGGCCACCCUACUGUUUGAGGGAGACCGUGAGAAGGUCCUGCAGCAUGAGAAGCAAGUUUAUGACAUUGCUGCAAAAUUUGGGGGGCUGGCAGCUGGAGAGGACAAUGGGCAGAGGGGCUACAUGUUGACCUUCGUCAUCGCUUACCUCCGGGACUUGGGGAUGGACUACUAUGUGAUCGGGGAGUCCUUUGAAACCUCUGUGCCUUGGGACAGGGUGUUGGACAUUUGCCGGAACGUAAAGGCACGCAUCAUUCAAGAGUGUAAAGACAAAGGAGUGCAGUUUUCACCGUUAUCCACAUGCAGGGUGACUCAGACAUACGACGCUGGUGCCUGUGUCUACUUCUACUUUGCCUUUAACUACAGGGGACUCAGUGAUCCAGUGCACGUGUAUGAACAAGUGGAGCAUGCAGCUAGAGAGGAGAUCCUUGCCAAUGGAGGGAGCUUGUCACAUCACCAUGGAGUGGGGAAACUUCGGAAGGAGUGGAUGAGAGAGACCAUCUCGGAUGUCGGCAUGGGGAUGCUUAAGUCUGUCAAGAACUACGUGGACCCCAAAAACAUCUUCGGCAACAGGAACCUCAUCUAAUUUCCCGCUCACCUUAAUCUCACCUUUUUCUAAAAAGCAUCUUGUGCAUUUUGGAUUAAUAGAUACUAAAUGUGAAUUGAAAAUGGACAGAGAUGUUGUCUUUUUCAUCAAAAGUGUCAUUCGGUGCCAUCUAAAUAUUCACCCAAACCUUUUCUUUUACUUUAAUUUGCACUUAAUAUGCUGUAACAAUCAUUGUCACUCACGGUGAAGCUCAUUUUUGCUGUUGUUGUUGGAGCUACGGCCAUGAUGCAACCAGACAUAAUGCAACAAAAUCUUGAUUUUUGUCAUAUUUUCUUAUGUUUAACCAUUUCCUAAAUAUCCUUGCCAACAUGGUUAAUUCAUCGGUUUUACUUUCUGUGUGUGUGUGUGUGUGUGUGUGUGUGUGUGUGUGUGUGUGUGUGUGUGUGUGUGUGUGUGUGUGUGUGUGUGUGUGUGUGUGUGUGUGUGUGUGUGUGUGUGUGUGUGUGUGUGUGUGUGUGUGUGUGUGUGUGUGUGUGUGGGCACUUCUUUGGGGUUAGUUCUAGAUGAAUGCGCUCUGUGCCUUUUCUAAAGCUUAUGUCUGCCUUCCCCCCCCCCCUCCUACUAAACACUCUGCUGGUGUACACUGAGUCCCUUUGUGAAGAGAACAGAACUUGGACAUGUUUCCUCUGUCUUCAUCCUUCACUUGCCCUCAUGCCUGUUGUACUGACCUAUUGCCAUAAGAGACUUUUUCUGGACUGACUGCAUGUGUGCGUGUGUGCCUCUGCCCCACCAAAUUUUAACAAGCACCCCCUCCUCCCCCCUCCCCCUCCUAGUAGUACAGUAUGAUUAUACAGAGAGAAAUUACUUGUGUGUUUAGUUUUUUGUACUGAAAGUGUUUAUCUUACAUGGUUUGUUACUAAGAAAGUGAAGUGGGGGGAAAAAAAAGCCAUUGCGUUUUUUCGAUCACGCCUGCUUCAAUGUGACCGCGCUCGCAAUGUAAGCCCUAUAGAUCCCGGUGCUCACGUCCAACCAAAGACUCAACACAUCAGAUCAUGCAAACAUACCAUAAACAUAUGUUUGACAAUGUGACCUUCACACACAUUUACUUACUUCGUGCAAAGCUAAACUAUAUUUUUGAAUCAACAUAUGCAACGAUAACCCUUCUGAGAGCUGUAAAAUGUAGAUAUUUGUUACUGUUACAUGUCCUAAAACUUUCUACAUCAUGUUUCUUAUGUUAAAGACACUGUAUUGAAUUAUUUCUGCUUUAUAGAUUUUUUUUUUCCCUGAAAGUUUCCCUUGUUAAUCUGUAGUGUGUAAAGGUUUUUUUGAACGGAUACUGUAAUGUACCAAAAUUUGGUACCAGACUUGUUCCAUUGUCACCAUUGAUUUUGAAGCAAAGUAAAGCUUUAAGAAAGCUGUUUGCUGAUGAAUCUUGCCUUUUUUACCUUCUUAUCUGUGGUUCACAUUUUCCUCGACCACCUUGUCCUUUUUUAAUUCAUAUUUCCCCAAAAUAAAAGAACUUAUUAGGGACCCAUCAUGUGACAUUUUACCUCGGUGUCAAAAAUGUGCGAGAGCUUUUGAACGUUAUGGAUGUACCUUUUUUGUUAUUUUCCACUUCUCUUAACAACGUAACAUCCGAGUACAUUGUGUCUGUUUGUGCAAUAAAUUGAACUAAAAAACCCCA